AUGGAUUUUGGGUCUCUGGAGACCGUGGUGGCCAACUCUGCUUUCAUCGCUGCCCGGGGCAGCUUUGACGGGAGCAGCGGCCCUUCUUCCAGGGACAAGAAGUACCGGGCCAAGCUCCGGCUGCCCCCGCUGUCCCAGUGUGAGGGUCUCCGGGACAGCCUCAGCCUGGAGUUCCAGAGCGUGUGCUCGGAGCAGCCCAUUGGCAAGCGGCUCUUCCAGCAGUUUCUGAGGACUGACGAGAGGCACGUACCGGCCGCGGAGCUCUGGCAGGACAUCGAGGACUACGACACUGCGGACGAUGACCUGCGGCCUCAGAAGGCACAGGCCAUCCUGGCCACAUACCUGGACCCCCAGGCCAAGCUCUUCUGCAGCUUCCUGGAUGAGGGGGCCGUGUCGAGGGUGAAGGGGGCGGCGGGGAGCCAGGACGGGCUCUUCCAGCCGCUGCUGCAGGCCACACUGGCGCACCUGAGCCAGGUGCCCUUCCAGGAGUACCUGGACAGCCUGCACUUCCUGAGGUUCCUGCAGUGGAAGUGGCUGGAGGCCCAGCCUGUCGGCGAGGACUGGUUCCUGGAUUUCAGGGUCCUUGGGAAGGGCGGCUUCGGGGAGGUGUCCGCCUGCCAGAUGAAGGCCACAGGGAAGAUGUACGCCUGCAAGAAGCUGAACAAGAAGCGGCUGAAGAAGAGGAAGGGGUGCCAGGGCGCCAUGGUGGAGAAGACCAUCCUGACCAAGGUGCACAGCAGGUUUAUCGUGUCUCUGGCCUACGCGUUCGAGACCAAGACUGACCUCUGCCUGGUGAUGACCAUCAUGAACGGAGGCGACGUAAGGUACCACAUCUACAACGUGGACGAGGAGAACCCUGGCUUCCCGGAGCCGCGGGCCAUCUUCUACACGGCCCAGAUCGUGAGCGGCCUCGAGCACCUGCACCAGAGACGGAUCGUCUACCGUGACCUCAAGCCCGAGAAUGUGCUGCUGGACAAUGACGGCAACAUCCGCAUCUCUGACCUGGGGCUGGCCGUGGAGCUGCAGGAGGGGCAGAGCAAGACCAAGGGCUACGCAGGGACCCCAGGCUUCAUGGCCCCCGAGCUCCUGUGCAGCCAGGAGUACGACUUCUCUGUGGACUACUUUGCCUUGGGCGUCACGCUGUAUGAGAUGAUCGCGGCCAGAGGCCCUUUCCGAGCCCGAGGAGAGAAGGUUGAGAACAAGGAGCUCAAGCAGCGAAUCCUCUCAGAGCCGGUCAGUUUCUCAGACAAGUUCAGCCAGGCCAGCAAGGACUUCUGCGAGGCGCUGCUGGAGAAGGACCCGGAGAAGCGCCUGGGCUUCAGGGACGGCAGCUGCGACGGGCUGCGUGCCCACGCCCUCUUCAGGGACAUCAGCUGGAGGCGGCUGGAGGCUGGGAUGCUGACUCCUCCCUUCAUCCCCGACUCCAGGACCGUCUAUGCGAAGAACAUUCAGGACGUGGGUGCCUUUUCCACCGUCAAGGGCGUGGUCUUUGACAAAGCAGACACGGAAUUCUUCCAGGAAUUUGCCUCGGGCAACUGUCCCAUUCCCUGGCAGGAGGAGAUGAUCGAGACGGGCAUCUUCGGGGAGCUGAACGUGUGGCGCCCCGACGGGCAGAUGCCAGACGACAUGAAGGGAAUCGCGGUGGAGGAGGCAGCCCCUGCGUCCAAGUCAGGGAUGUGUCUGGUCUCCUAG